AUGAGCUUGGUAAUUCCCUCCUCAUCGACGUCCUCUUCCAUUUCUUCUUGUUCAUCGACUUCUUCCGGUUUAUCGACGACUUCUUCUAGGCUUUUCCGGUUUGCCAAAAAAGCUUCAAAUUUGAUCAAGAGCCCUGUGAAAUGGCCAUUGCGUGGGAAAUCUUGGAGUCCAGUCAAGGAUUUGGGCGAUUCUGAAGAGGUGAGGUUGAUUUUUUACUUUUUUUUUGAAAAUUUUGAGAUUUUGAUUCGGAUUUUUUUUUUUUGUAAAAUAUUUGAAAAAGCCUUUUUCCUAAUACUCCUAAAAGUAUUUUUUAACAUUUUCUAUCUCAUUUUAUACAUCAAAUUCUUCGUUUUUUUCACUUUUUUUUGAAAGUUUUGAGAUUUUUUUCGGAAAAUAAAAAAAAAAAAAAAAAUAUUUUUUUUGUAGAAUGAUCUUUUUUACUACUCCUAAAAGUAUUUUUUCCACUUUUUAUCUCUAAUUUUUAAUUUCCAGGCCAUUUCCACCGUAAUCCGCGCAAAAUCGAAAGAAGAAAUUCUCUUCGAACAAUUUGAUGUGUUGAUCCCAAACCAUCUCUACGCUGCGAUUCGAAGUCAUUUUGAGCAAUUUCCAGAGACUUUCCACUACAUUCCAAAUGAGGAUUUCUAUGGUAUUCGAUUUUCCCAAGGAAUGGGAGCCGUUGAAAUGUUGAUCCCGCUUUUUGAAGAGCUCACUACUGCUUUUACAAUGUUCCCGUUCGACAGGAUGAUCACUAAUUAUCAGGUAAACAUUGAUUUUUUUAUUUAGUUUUUUAUUUUUAUGAUUUUUUUGUAAUUGGUUUUUGCACGGUGCAGCGGAAAAUUUUGUCAAAAUUGCACUGUGCAGAAAAUUUUUGAGGGCUGAAAACAAUUUGAAUAACAAUUUUUGACAGUAAUUUUUGUAUGUGUCAGAGAUUUUUUUACCAACAAUUGACUGCACAAUUUUUUUUGGGAAUGUUGAUUUUUGCACCGUGCAGUAUCCAAAAUUUUUGGUUUUGCACCGUGCAAUGAAAGAUUUUGGCAAAAUUGCACCGUGCAGAAAUUUUUUUAGGGCUAAAAGAAACUUGAAUAGCAAUUUUUGACAGUAAAUUUUAUCUGUGUUGCAAAAAAAUUUCCAAUAAAUUGUCUCGCACUGUGCGGAAAAUGAAAAAAUUUUCCCGCACAGUGCAGAGAAAUUUUUUUUUAAAAAAGCACUAUGAGAAAAAAUUAUUUUAAACAGUGGUAAAUACUGAGUAUAUUAGUGACUAAGAAGACCAUUUUUCACUUUUGUCACUUAUUUUGACUUUCCUUUGCACAGUGCAGAAGUCAAUUUUAUUUCGCACAGUGCAAUAUCAAAAAUUAGAAAAUCCUGCACCGUGCAGUGAUUUAAAAAUUUUUUUUUGAAAAUCUCUAUAAAAUAGGGCCUGAAAUUUUAUCCACAAAAGAAAAAAAAAUUAAUUUCCCUGCACAGUACGAAAAAAAUCGCAAAAAUCCUUCCGCACCGUGCAAUUGAAAAUUUUCUUUUUUUUGCACAGUGCGGAGUCUAAAAAAAUGUAAAAAAAAUAUCAAAAAAUAUUGAAUAUAAAUUGCCAUUUAUUUCAGGGUACCUUCGACUUGGCCUAUGUUGUCCACCUCGCCGCAAUUUGCUCGUUUUCACGGCAUUUACGUUGGAGAAAUGCGUUCACUUUCGAUCAGAUGUUACAAGUUUUCCAGUCCCAACUUGACCUGGAUUUGAUUCAAAUUCGCUGUACAAAAUACCUUCGUCUCGUUCAGAUCAAAGUCAAGGAUGUGGAAGAGUUUGGCCGCGAGAUCCUAGAUCAAUUUUAUUACCAUUCCAAUGGAAAUAUUUGA